CACACAUACAUACACACCACAUUCCCUCUUUUUCUCUCAUCUCAUGGCUUCUGGACGCCGAGGAGCAAGCAAGUACCGUGCCCUGCUGCUUGGGUUGACCAAGGGUGAGGCCGGUGCCCCACCGCCGCCGCCCGACUCGCCGCCAUGGCCGACGCUGCUGAUGCUCAAGGUGGAUGUCGACGUCUUGGCCGCCGCUGUUGCCAAGCCGGACUUUCCACUGCAUGCUCUGGUGGCGGCGGCAGUGUUCCACGCGGCGGCGGCGAUCGAAGCGCCGGCGGAGAAGCCGGUGGCUACGCGUGCCGCCAACGCGCUCGCUACCCUCAGCGCGGUUGUCAACGCCGUCAUCACUGCCGAGGCCGAGGCCCGUGGAUCACGCAACGUGUUCAUCGGCUAUGAGCUUCUCUCGCGGCUGGCGCCGUUUGAAGCUGUUGACUCGCUGUUUGUCGGCCUCCUGCAAGAUGUUGCCCGGCUGCUGGCGGCGGCCUCGCCGCGCCCGCCAACCAAGGUUCUCGCCGCCGCAGUUGAGCUCGCGCUGACGCUGGCUACUGCCUCACCGCUCUUGGAUCAGAACACACUGCUCGAGUACUUUCAGCUGGAAGAUGUGCUCGGUCCGCUGCUGGUGGCGCUUGCCGAUCCGGUGCUGCGUGUCAAGGCCGGCGCGCCGGUCGCCACUCUGCUCACGCUUCUGCUCUCUCACAUGCGUGACGAACGCGAGUCUGCGCUUCGAACCCAACUGGCUACCCUCGAUCGCGAAUCGUCACUCACCCCGCUCCUCGACCUCGUCCGUGCCCGCGUCAAGAUUGCACUGAGCAAGCUGGGCAAGGCGCUAGUCGACGCGCCGGCGACCCUGCCGCCCACGGCCGGCCCACCGCGGCCCUCGCUCACCUCUCGCAUCUCGGCCGUCGGUGCCUCAGUCCUCUCGCUGGCGAGGCUCUCCAAACCGCAUGCAAGACCGCGGCUGCACGCGGGUGGCUCGACACGGGUGCUCUCGGCCGCCGAGGCCGAGAGCCUCCCGUCGCUCGCGGCGCUUCUUGCUGCGGCCUCGACACCGCGACUUCUUCUCCCGCCGGCCUUUCUCCUUGUCGCCCUCCUCACCGCCAACCGCAACGUCGGCGUCCUGCUUGAGGAGGAGCUUGCGGCGUCGGUCGCCGCAGCCGCUGCAGCUGUCUCCUCGAUCGCCGCCUCUGACGGCAGUGCUGGGCCAUCAGCGCCGCCGCCGCCUGCAAGGGGCUGGAAAGCCUGGCUUCCGACAUGGAAAGCUGGCGCGAUGCGCAGUGCUCCGGUCGCACCGCAAACUCGGGUCGGACUCGGCUUUGAUCGCCUCGACAUGGCCGCCGCCUUUGUGGUCUACGCGCGCAAGGUUUUGCAGCUCCCGCAGGCCAACGACGGCAUUGUCGCCUGCCAGUCGAUGGUUCUUGUCGGCGUCCAGGUCCUCCUCGAGUCGCGGCAGCUCGGCCGCAUCCUGGUUGACAAGUCGCACGGCCUAGUCCUGGGCGACGCUCGUGCGAGGGCGCCGCUAGCCAUACACAUCCUCGGCGCCACCCUCGAGUCCGCUGCGCAGCAUUUGGCCUUCGCCCGCCAGCUGCCCGUCAUGCACUGGCCGCUCGAUCUUGUCGGCCGCUGUCUCGGCUGCGUCCACCGCGUCCUGUACCUCAUGCGUCGGGCCAAGGCACGGCUCGACGUGGCGUGGCCCGGCAUGGUCACGCUGCUGCUGGAGAUGCUGGCGUCGUUGGCCGGUGCAGCCGCCGAGCUGAGUGUGGCCCAGGGCGGGCCGCUUGGGCUCGCUGUUGGCAAUGCCAUGCUCAUCCUCAAUAUGAUCAUACAGCACGGUGCCGACUUUCUGCCGUCGUCUGCCGUCUACGACGAGGUUUUUCUACUCCUGGCGGACACGGCAGCGCCCACCAUCGCCGCGCUUCCAGCACUCCUCCAACACACAGCCGCAGGCGUUGCCGGCAAGCGCGUCGCAGGCGCCAUCCGCGGCCUCGACAGCUCGCUGGUCUUUAACCUCACCGAGAUCGUCGACCACUUCCGCGAGCCGCUCGCCGCCCGCCGCACCAAGUCCGCCGAGCAGGGCCUGGCCGUCAUCCAAGCCCACUUUAAGACCCUUGUCCUCGUCCUCGACAUUGACGUCGCCUCGUACAACCGCUGGUCCGAAGAUGCAGAUCGCGCCCUCCUCCUGCAUCUCCCGCACUUUCUGGUCUAA